CGGAAGUGUAACCGUCACGGUUAAAAGCCAGUUGACGUAGGCUAGCUCCCGUUAGCUGUCAGCCGGGUUCAGUCGUUGUGCAGGGAUGGAGGUGACACGUCAAAAUUUUAAAGACAGUUUAAAAACGGUGUGCAGCGCGAUCGAGGAGGCGGACUUCCUCGCCAUCGAUGGGGAAUUUUCAGGAAUAAGCGACGGCCCUAAUGUCAGCGCGCUCACCAACGGACUGGACACUCCGGAGGAGCGAUACGCCAAGCUUAAGAAGCACUCUAUGGACUUCCUGCUCUUCCAAUUUGGAUUGUGUACAUUCAAGUACGACCAGGAAAAGUCAAAGUACAUCAUAAAGCCUUUUAAUUUUUACGUGUUCCCGAAGCCUUUCAACAGGACGUCACCUGACUUGAAGUUCAUCUGUCAAAGUUCCAGUAUUGAUUUCCUGGCCAGUCAGGGAUUUGACUUCAACAAGGUGUUCUGUAACGGAAUCCCGUACUUGAACCAAGAAGAGGAAGUCCAGCUGAGGGAGCAGAGCGAGGAGAGGAGAAACCAACAAGCCAACGGCGUCGGGGCGGCGUCCUUCAACUCCCCGUCCUCCAAAGGCCCCGCACACGUACCGGAGGAGCACAAGGACUUCAUCAACCGGGUGAUAGGGAAGGUUGAGGCUCUGCUGACUAACUCGGAGAAGACGUUGGACUUGGAGCCGUGCACUGGGUUUCAGAGAAAGCUGAUUUACCAAACUCUGAACUGGAAGUUUUCCAAGGGGCUUCAUGUAGAAACUGUGGAAACGGAAAAGAAGGAGCGUUACAUUCAGGUCAUCAAAGUGGAUGACGAGGAGAGGAAGAGGAGGGAACAGCAGAAACGGGAGAGAGAGCAGGAGGAGCUAAACGAUGCUGUCGGCUUCUCCAGGGUCAUCCACGCCAUCUCUAAAUCUGGUAAACUUGUGGUUGGGCACAACAUGUUGUUGGACGUGAUGCACACCAUCCACCAGUUCUACUGCCCUCUGCCGGAGGAUCUUCAAGACUUUAAAGAGGUCACAAUGUGUGUCUUCCCAAGACUUCUGGACACAAAGUUGAUGGCUUCCACUCAGCCUUUUAAGGAGCUGAUCACCAACACGUCUCUGGCAGAGUUGGAGAAGCAGGUGAAGGAGAGCCCCUUCAAGGCGCCUCUGGUCGAAACGGCAGAGGGGUUCCACAGCUACGACACGGCCCAAGAACAGCUCCACGAGGCCGGAUACGACGCCUACAUCACUGGCCUCUGUUUCAUCUCCAUGGCCAACUAUCUGGGCUCGUUCCUGACUCCGCCCAAAGCGUACAUCUCUGCUCACUCCAAAGUUGUUGAGCCUUUCUUCAACAAGCUUUUCCUGAUGAGGAUAAUCGACAUUCCCUACCUCAACAUCACAGGACCUGAUUUGCAACCUAAACGAGACCAUGUCCUGUUUGUCACCUUCCCCAAAGAAUGGAAGACGAGUGACCUCUACCAGCUCUUCAGUGCCUUUGGGAACAUCCAGGUUUCCUGGCUAGACGACACGUCGGCAUUUGUGUCCCUGAGUCAGACGGACCAGGUGCAGAUCGCCAUGAACACCAGCCGCUACGCAGAGAGCUACCGGAUCCAGACGUACGCCGAGUACAUCAAGGGCAAGCAGCAGAAGGAGAAGCUCGGCCAGACCCCCAAAUCCUGGGGGGAGGACGGCUGGAUGAAGCCUCACUACUCCACUACCUCCGCUGGCACCGCCGCCACUUUCGCAUAUCACAAAGGUUUGAGGAAGCGCAGCAUCAGUCCCGUUGAGGGAGAACGGGGCACUGGAGAUUCUCCGAUAACGGACGGGUGGAGUCAAUACUCGUUCCCGGAUGCCACGGGCAGCAAGAAGAUGAAGAUCGAUGACCAGAGCGGCCACGCAGAGGCCAUCGAGAGCAAGACGUCGGAGGGCUGGCUAAAGACGGCGGACGCACCAGAUUCAGCGGGGUCCAGCACGCCUCCCGAGGACGAGGGAAGUCCUGACGAUGACUGCGGCGACGACGCAGAGGGAACGGUCACCUGGCAACGGGCCCCGGCAGCUCAGGGCAGGAAAGGUCAGAAGAAGAAGAAGAAGCCGCAGAAGCCCAAAGGACCCCAACCUACGACGUCGCUGUUUGAGGUGCCAGAAGUGUGGUAGCGAGAGAGGCCGCGCCCCCCCUCCCCCCCUCGCCGUGGGCCUGAAGCACUCUCUGGGAGGAGGAGGGCGCUCUCCUGCAAGGUCGCACCUCACCGGCAGUGUGUGUCUCCCCCCCCCCUCCCCACAGCGAACGGAAGCCAUACCAGCUGCCAUAUUCUGACCUGGUGCCGGAGGAGCGGGGGCCUCGCUAGAAUCUUAAAGUCUGAUCUCCAGAAAUGUUCCUUUUUAUUUCUGCUGUUUUCAGACCGGAAUCCGCCGCCACCAUGAAACAUUUUUAAUGGCACAGUCUUACGGUUUUGUGCGAGUGAGACAUUUUCUCGUCCUCAUAAGUCGUGGGAGAUGAAUUUCUGCCCGGCAGGUCCUGUAGUUCAAUGUCUGGGUCAUUUAGUGUUUUAACGCAGUCAAACAUGUGUUUCUUUUCAUUUUUUAAAUAAGUUUCUGUCAACUUUAACCAGUUUUAUUCAACAUGUAAAAGCUUAUCUGUGAUGUUUGUUGGUGGCGUUCCGAUCCUCCGAGAGGUGCUUCUUUUCUUUGCACAGAAUUGUUCUUUACCUUUGUGUCAACUGUUUUGUAAACUGUCAGCCUGCAACAUUGUCAAAGUAUGUUCUAAUGCAAAAGGUGUAAAGUUUAAAAAAAAAAAAAAACCCUCAAUGCUUCCUCUGAAAGGGAAAACAAAUUAAAGAAUGUUUCUUAGUA